GACAAUCGGAAGUCUUCGGGGAAAGCCCCGAUGAUGGAAGAUCGUGCCAACUUGUUGGAGCAAGGCAACUCGAGCAAAAGGAAGCCCCUUAACAAAGGGAAGCAGCAGCCUGCCAAAGUGUGGAAAUUUACCGGCAAUUGCCACAACUGUGGAAAGCCGAACCAUAUGGCUAAGGAAUGCAAGAAGCCUAAAAAGGCUGGACUAAAGAAGGCACAACAUAGUGCCCUCAUUGCUGAACACGGCCCUGUGCCGAGUGAACUAACCGACAUGGAUAUGUCGGCUAUGGUGUUUGAAGCCAAUUUGGUGGAUAACCCAAGGGCGUGGUACAUUGAUACUUGUGCCACUCACCAUGUAUGUUCCGACAAGGAGUUGUUUUCUAACUACACUCAUUCUACUGGUCAGAAGCUCCACAUGGGCAACUCCUCCUCGUCUGAUGUGGCUGGAGUUGGCACC